AUGGCAUUCUAAUAAAUGGAUGGAUUGUUUAUGUAUCGGAAAUGGAGGAUUCAAGCACUCCUCGUUUCAGAUGCUCUCACUGUGCUGGCCCUCUGUCCAAAGAAUUGGAAACCAGCAAUUGGACUGUUCCACCGCUCGUCAGGGACAGCUUUUCCAUGGUUGAUUGGUUCUGCUGUUGGUGGCACAGCAAGUGCAUUCUAUGGGUUUAACCAUGCAAUGCCAGUUGUUCAAAGAUAUGUAAAGGGGCCUAUGUGGUUGCAUUUCCUCAUUGGUGCUCCACCUGUAAUAGUCUUUUCUUCAGCUUGCGCGGGGUUGUCAGGUGGUGCCAUUCCAGCACUAGCGCAACUUGUCUCUUCAUCUUAUCAUGCAGCAAUCUCAUCAUCAUUGCCUCCACCAACACAACAGGAUGAUAAGAUGCACAAAUCGAGAACCUCUACUUUGUAAUUCCUUCUCUUCACGCAGAGCUUUUCAAGUAAUGAUUCUCCCCAAACCCCCCUUCCCCUACCCCGGCAAUGUUAAAUGGACCACUCGGGUUGUUGUAUAUUGUAGAACUUUCAACGAUGAGGUAAAUAAACAUUCUUUAUCCACCAAUAAUUUAUUUUUUUUUCCGAGGAAUCACGGAACUGAUGGUCACUGUUUUUUUGCUUUGAUAAAAACCCGAUCCAUGUUGAUGGUGUCAAAGUGAGAUUCCUAUUAGGACUUGUUCAUU